GUAUAUGUAUAUGAGAAUAAUAUCUAUUUGAAAAGAAGUCCAAGAGAGGCUCCAAUUAAAAUAACUAGUGAUGGAAAACAGAAUGAAAUAUUUAAUGGGAUUCCUGACUGGGUCUAUGAGGAGGAAAUGCUAGCAACAAAAUACGCACUGUGGUGGUCUCCGAGUGGAAAAUAUUUAGCAUACGUACAAUUUAAUGAUUCUGACAUACCAGUUAUUGAAUAUUCAUAUUUUGGUGAGGAUCAAUAUCCUAGAAAAAUAAUUAUCCCAUACCCAAAGGCUGGGGCCAAAAAUCCUACUGUUAGAGUGUUUGUUGUAGACACUAUUUACGCUGAAGUGUUUGGUCCUAAAGAGGUGCCAGUUCCUGAAGUCCUAUCCUCAAGCGAUCACUAUUUUACUUGGCUUACUUGGGUAACGGAUAGUCGAAUCUGCGUGCAGUGGCUAAGGAGAAUCCAGAAUCUUUCAGUCUUAGCUAUUUGUGACUUCAAAGAAAAUUCAAAUACUUGGGAGUGUCCAGAGAGUCAACAGCACAUAGAAGAGAGUCAAACAGGAUGGGCAGGCGGAUUCUUUGUUUCCACACCAUAUUUUACAUCAGACGGCAGUUCAUACUACAAAAUUUUUAGUGACAAAAAUGGUUAUAAGCAUAUUCAUUACAUCAAUGGCUCUGUGGAGAAUGCAAUCCAAAUUACGAGUGGAGAAUGGGAGGCAAUAUACAUUUUCAGAGUAACAAAUGAUGCCAUUUUCUACUCAAGCAAUGAAUUUGAAGGCUAUCCAGGAAGAAGGAAUAUUUACAAAAUCAGUAUUGGAAGUAAACCUGCCAGAAAACAAUGCAUUACUUGCAAUUUAAGGAAAGAGAGAUGCCAGUAUUAUACAGCAAGGUUCAGUGAACGUUCUAAGUAUUAUGCCUUAAUCUGUUACGGUCCCGGGAUUCCCAUUUCUACUCUUUUUGAGAACUACGGUGAUAGAGAGCUCCGAGUAUUGGAGGACAAUUGGGAAUUGCAGUCUGCUUUGCAAGAGAUCAAGCUGCCAAAAGAAGAAAUUAAUAAACUUCAAGUGGAUGGUAUAACUUUGUGGUACAAAAUGCUUCUACCCCCACAGUUUGAUAGAUCCAAGAAGUACCCUCUGCUUAUUCAAGUGUAUGGAGGACCUUGCAGUCAGAAUGUAAAGGAAACAUUUAGCAUUAGCUGGAUAACCUAUCUUGCAAGCAAAGAGGGAGUUGUUGUUGCUCUGGUGGAUGGCAGAGGGACAGCUUAUAAAGGUGACAAGAUUUUGCAUGCAGUGUAUCGAAGACUGGGAGUCUAUGAAGUUGAGGACCAAAUCUCAGCAGUAAAGAAAUUUAUAGAAAUGGGUUUUAUUGAUGAGAAACGAGUAGCAAUAUGGGGUUGGUCCUAUGGUGGGUAUGUAACUUCUUUGGCACUUGGAUCUGGCAGUGGAGUAUUUAAAUGUGGAAUGGCCGUGGCUCCUGUUUCCAGCUGGGAGUAUUAUGCAUCUAUCUACACAGAACGAUUUAUGGGUCUUCCUGUAGAGUCUGAUAAUCUUGAGCACUACAAGAAUUCAACUGUGAUGUCAAGAGCAAAGAAUUUCCAAAACGUGGAGUAUCUUCUCAUCCAUGGAACAGCAGAUGAUAACGUACAUUUUCAGAACUCAGCACAAAUUGCAAAAGCUCUGGUUAAUGCACAGGUGGAUUUCCAGGCAAUGUGGUAUACUGACCAGAACCAUGGAAUUCCAGGCCUUUCCAGCAAACAUCUCUAUACACAUAUGACACACUUCCUGAAACGGUGUUUUAAUUUGUCGGAAUAAGUAGGCUAAGGCAUCUGACACAUCUCUGGGAGAAUGCGAUGAUAACAGUAGCCAGGUUAUACAGUUUUCAGGUGAAUUGCGAAGAGGAACUUUGUUUAAACUUGAUGUUUACAUCCACUGUUGGUUUUGGAUAUUAGCAAAUGUUAUGCUAAUACAUUUUUGGCACAUUUAACACCUAUUUGAUAGAAAAAAUAAAAUCAGAAUGUACAAUGCCAUGUGCAUUUAUUGCCAUCUUGCUUAGACUUACAUAGUGCGAUCCAAAGAUAGGGGGUCCGUUUCAAAGGCACGCUGCCAGAUGAAUAUGCUUGCAUUUGUUAACUACAACUGUAAAAUAGGAAAGAACAAAGAAAGCAGUGCAAGUACCUAAUUAGCAUCCUAACAAACCCCAUUCUUUCCAAUUUCUUGGGAAGAAUCCAAGCAGGAAUAGGAACACACAAUAUUUAAAGCUGAAGUUUGGAUAACUAUCGAGAAUGUUGAAUGCUAUGUUCAGAUUUUAUUCAGCUCUUAUUUGAAACUGUAACUCUGCAAAACUCUCAGUGUUCAGAUUUAAAUAUGAAAGCAGGAUGUCCGUGGUACCUAUUUUAUCUCACUGUUUUUUCUGUGUUCAGAAUACAUGAGCCAUAUUAGCCUGUUCCAAAUCUCUAAUAAUCACCUCAGCAUUCGAAUUAAUCUCAGUGUCAUUCAUCCCAGACUGGAGGGGAAGGAUCAAAGGAUUAUGCAGGCUUCCUUUGCUUUGUUUCCAGUUAAACCAUUUUAGAGAGUCUUCAAAAAAAUUCUAGAGGC